CUUCGAUUGCUAAGAUUAGAAGAAAGUAUGGAGUUAUUAGAGAAAAGGGUCUUUGGAAAAGAAAGUUUCCCUGAUGAACUACUGGAUGUUGGGAAAGAAAUUGUCCAAAUUUGUAAAGGGCUUCCUUUGGUGGUUGAUCUGAUCGCUGGAGUAAUUGCGGGGAAGGAAAAGAAAAGGAGUGUGUGGCUUGAAGUUAGAAAUAAUUUGCAUUCCUUCAUUUUCCAAAAUGAAGCAUAUGUGAUGAAGGUUAUAGCAUUAAGUUAUGACCAUUUACCAGAUCCCCUAAAGCCGUGCUUACUUUACAUUGCAGGUUAUGGGAAGGACAGAGCGAUUGAAGUCGGAACUUUGAAAAGUCUUUGGUGUGGCGAAGGACUUGUGCAACAGACAGAGAUGAAGAGUUUGGAAGAAGUGAUGGAGGUUUAUCUGGAUAAUUUAGUUUCCAGUAGCUUGGUAAUUUCUUUCAAUGAGAUAGGUAGAGACCGGACUUACCAAAUUCAUGAUCUUGUGCAUUACUUUUGUUCGAUAAAAGCAAGAGAGGAAAAGUUGUUUGGCUGGAUACGUUCAAGUGCUCCAUCAUCAUCUUCUUCUUCAGAUCUGAUGCCACGUCAAAGGGCCAUUGCUUAUGAUAAGAAACACUUUGGGCACAACAAUUUUGUCCUGUUCGAUUCAAAAAAGAAAAGGCAUUCUGGUAAACACCUCUAUUCUUUGUUCAUAACUGGACAAAAGCUGGACAACCAUCUUUAUGAUAUAUGUCACCUAAGACACUUGAGGCUUCUUAGAGUGUUGCAACUGAGUAGAUCUUUUAUCAAGGUGAAUGAUUCUUUACUGAAUGAAAUAAGCACAUUGGUCCAUUUGAGGUUCUUAAACAUUACGACAGAAGUUAAAUCUCUGUCUUUGUGUUUUUCAAAUCUCUGGAAUCUAGAAACUCUGCAGAUGAACCAGUAUUGAUAACAGAGGACUCAAAGCUAGAGAACCUGAGAAUAUUAGGGGGACUCAAACUUUCAUAUUUGAAAGACACGGAGGAUCUUUUCAAAAGGUUUCCCAAUCUUCAAGAGUUUAGUUUUAAUCUCAAAGAAUCAUGGGAUUGUUCAGUAGAGCCAUAUUGGUUCCCGAAAUUGGAUUUCCUAAAUGAACUAGAAAUCCUCAAAGUAACUUUUGAAAGUUC